UGAGUGUACGAUAAACGGCUCUCCCGAACAGCGCCAGUUCCCGCUUGAGCGGCGUUAUUGGCAGUCCGACUUCGCUCACGGCGGAAUGGGCAACUCUCAGAGUGACGAGGAGGGCAGAGCCUUUGGAGCUCUUCUCUCAGAGUGGAUGUUUCUCGCAAAAGUGCCUCUGCUGGCGACGAGUCAUUUGUUCGAGCGGCACGCAAUGUGCUCCUCUACAGCGUCCAUGGAAGGCAAGACUGUUGUCGUAACUGGAGCCACAUCGGGCAUCGGCUUGGAGACGGCCAUAGAGCUUGCGCGGCGCAAGGCACGCGUCAUCCUUGCCUGCCGAGACGUGGAAAAGGCCAACGCUGUCGCCCAGCUUAUCCACGAUGAGACGAAGCAGAUUGCCGUGGUCAAAAGGCUCGUGCUGGACUCUUUCGAGUCAGUGCGCGAGUUCUGCGACCAAGUGAACAGAAGCGAAGACCGACUGGACGUGCUCAUCAACAACGCCGGCCUGAUAAAUUGUUCGACGGAAUUCACCUACACGAAAGAUGGCUUCGAGACCUGCUUCCAAGCGAAUCAUUUAUCUCCGGUGCUGCUGACUCUAAUGUUAUUGGCUGCGGAAGAGCGCGCCGAGCCGGAUCGUGAACGUGUCCUCGGACUCGCACUGCAUCGGCGACGUGUCGCGGCUGGAGGCGAAGGCGCGCGGCCGCUGCACGCUGCGCACGCCGCUCGCGGUGUACGCCAACAGCAAGCUGGCGCUGUGCCUGUUCGGCGUCGCGCUGGCCGACAGGAUCGGCCACACCGGCGUCACUGUCAACUCCCUCCAUCCAGGCCUGGUGCAGACUCCCAUAGCGAGUCAUGGAUCACUUUUGCGCAAGCUGAUUUUUCAAGUCGUCGCGCACACGAAAGGAAAGACGGCCGUGGAAGGCGCACAGACGACCGUGCAGCUGGCGGUGGACCCGGCGCUCGAGAAGACCACGGGCGAGUACUUCGAGGAGUGCGCGCCCGCCGGCGAGCGCUACCGCAGCCCGCUGCUCGGGGACCGCGCGCUGGCCGAGCGCGUGUUCCGGGCGUCCGUCCAGCUGGUCGGACUCGACCCGCUGGAGCAGGGCGGCCCGUGAGCCUGUCCACGAGCGGGCAGCGCGUCGGACCCCUUUCUGCUGCACGGGCAACGGUGUGCCGCAUUCCGCAUGUGCCUAUUGAAUUGCCAAGUGCGCUUUCACGUUGGACUGCAGUUAAUUAUCCUGCCCUUAACUAUCGUUUCCAUAGAUUUCAUUUCAUUUGAAAGAGUUGCUCGAAUUUUCACUAUCCCUUGGAUUGAAACAAAUUGUAUCUGAUCCUACUAGACAGUCCACCAUACUAGAUAUUAUUUUCCUCAAUGCACCGCUCUUUACAAGUGGCUUUGAGAGUGAGAUUACUGACAGUAUUUCCGAUCACAAAGCUCUUAUUGCUACUAUUAAUCUUUCAGUUUCAAGGCGCCACUAUGAAUAUACCAGUUUUUACGAUUAUAAUCACGCAGAUGAUACGUCAAGCUAUAAUACGUUAAACUUGACACAUUAAGCAUUUCAUUCGACAGAUUCUCCAUGUUAUGCACUAGCAGUGAUAUCCAUACAAUAGUAUCCCAUUUUGAAAACAUUCUUCAUACUUGCAUAGAGCGCUAUGUGCCGUUAAAAAAAAAAAUGUUGAGCUUCCUUGGAUGACAAGGGAAAUACUGCAUUUGAAGCGUCGUAUAGCUAGAGCACGUCGGAAGCGCCACAUGAAUGCCGAAACAAAUGACCAGUUUCGCUUUAUGAAGGAAGAACUCCGUCAAAAAAUUGAUGCAGCUAAGGACUUCUAUUAUGUUCACUCUACAUAAUUUAAUUAAAAAUCACCAACGAAAAUUUUGGAGCAAGAUUUCGCCUAUGAAAAAUACCACCCAGACAUUUCUAUUAGAUGGUUGCGAAAUAAGUGAUCCUGGAGCUAUUGCUAAAGCAUUCAAUGAAUAUUUUCAGUCUGUCUUCACACAGGACAAUUGCGUAUUCCUCCCUGCCCCACGACAACUAACAUGUCCUCUGCAAUUAACAAUGUUACAACAUCUAAGCAAGGAAUCCUGAACCUUAUUUUAAAUCUUGACACCAAAAAAGGCUGCAGUCCAGACAAUGUCAACAAUGUGUUCCUUCAUCGUUAUGCGCUUUGGACGUGUCCAUACCUCACAUUAAUUUUUGAGAUAUCAGUGUCUACUUGUACAGUUCUUUGUUCAUGGAAACGGGCUAGAGUCAUUUAUUGUUCAACUCUGGGCAGAAACAAUUUCUUCUAUGUUAUAGACCCAUUUCUUUUACUUCUCAUACAUGCAAACUCCUUGAACACAUAAAUUAUAAACACAUUAUCACUUUUCUCGAGUCUAAUAACAUUUUAUGCAGUGCUCAGCAUGGAUUUUGUAGUGGUUUUAGCACAGUGACUCAAUUCACUGAAUUUACACAUCACAUCAGUUUUGCUCUUGAUUUAGGUCAUCAAGUAGAUGCGCUCUUCAUUGGUUUCUCCAAAGCAUUUGAUACUGUACCACACCCUAAACUGUUGAAUAAACUAAGCCUUAUCCUUAAUAACCCUCUUCUCGUUGACUGGAUCCGUAGUUUUCUUUAUGAUCGUUCACAGUAUGUUUCUUUUAAUUCAUUCAAGUCUCCUGACGCAUCAAUAUCUUCUGGAGUACCCCAAGAUUGUAUUUUAGGGCCAUUGCUUUUUUUUUGCUUUAUAUUAACGACAUUCCAAACUCUGUUUCAGUAAAAAUUCGGCUUUACGCUGACGCCUACGUUCUCUACAAUGUCAUUUCUACACCUAACGGUCAUAAGACUCUGAAUCAAUCUUUUAUAAGUUUUUGUGAAUGGUGCGAACUCUGCCAAAUGAACAUUAACUUAAAAAAACAGUCAUGAUGUCCUUUCACAAGUAUGCUAAUUGCUCAUGUUUCAAUUACUCCUAUACCUCCGCUUUUCUGCCGCGCGCAUAUGAUUAUAAAUAUGUAGGCCUCCUUUUCACUCCAAGGUUAUCCUGAUCAGAACAUAUUCUAUCAACUUGCAACAAAUCACUAAAAAAAACUUUGGUUACCUAAUCCGAACCCUAUGUGCAUGCUGCCCCGAAAGAAACUAAACUCAUUACUUACAAAACACUUUUAAGACCUAUUCUAGAAUAUGUUGUUACUAUAUGUCACCCUUACAAAAUUUCGGACAUCCACAAAAUUGGAUCUGUUCAGAAAAAGGCGGUUCGUUUCAUAUACCGCCGCUAUGACAGAAUGUUUUCACCGUCAUCUCAUCUGCAUAUACUUGAUUUAACCCCUCUUUCCCAGCGUCGUCACAUUAAUUCUCUGAAACUUCGACACUCUCUGCUUCCCCUAACACAUAUCUGACCCGUGCAAAGCCCCUAAUCACGAGAAACAGCAAUCACUUAAACUUAUCGGACUUUUUUUGCUCGCACCAACACAUUUAAAUACAGUUUUUUUCCUAGGACUAUUCAACUCUGGAGUGACCUGCCUGGUUCCAUCCCCUCUUUACCACAUAAAAAAUUUGGGGAUGCUAUUGAGUGCUCCCUUUAGCCAUCUUACUCACAUAUGCUUGUUUUGUAUUGUGAUUUGUAUUUUCCACAUAUUGUAUUCACCCACUCCUGCAUUAGCCCUUCUGGGCUGCCGUAUCUGUAAAUAAAUAAAAUAAAUAAAUAAAUAUAUUUAUUGA